AUGGCUGACUCGCUCAAUACGUCCCAACCAGGCGAAGGCCGGCGGCAGCGUGGCAUCAACCGUGCCUACCACACCGAAGAUGGCGCCUUGGAAAAGCUCAGCGUUGAGAGCCGCCAAUAUGACAGCUCGGACCGUGAAGCCCGUGCUGCUCGCCUAGAGGCUCGCCGCAAACAGAUUGAAGAGGAGCAAAAAGCCAAGCAGUUUGCCAAGGAGGAUGAGGCAUACCAAGAGGCCCUCGAAGCUGCCAAAGUGCGCGCGGCCGACCGACGUGCCAAGCUGGAUGCCCAAGCCAAGCAUGACCACAUCACAGAUAAUGCCAGCGUUAUUGCCGAAGCCACGGACAUGUGUGAUACAGUCCUCAACGGCCCAUACAAAGACAACGAUAGCGUCCAGAACGCGUCAGGUUGCUGGUUGGCAUGCUGCGAACCACCACUGAAUACAAUUCUCGACUUCAAACCUAUCGUACCACUGCGCAACAUGAUCGUGAACACCUUCAAGACCAGUGCGUUCCUUGCCUUGAGCCUUCCCUCGUGUCUUAUUUGGUCUCUAUUUGUGUGUGUGUUUGUGUGUGUGUUUGUGUGUGUGUGUGUGUGUGUGUGUGUGUGUGUGUGUGUGUGUGUGUGUGUGUGUGUGUGUGUGUGUGUGUGUGUGUGUGUGUGUGUGUGUGUGUGUGUGUGUGUGUGUGUGUGUGUGUGUGUGUGUGUGUGUGUGUUUGGUAUCGCGCGGGAUGAAGCGCUCACGCUUAGGGCUCAGCUUCGGAAGGAAAAGGAUCAGAAAGAGGCACAUGCCUCUCAAUGCCGGCGACUCGAGCAACAGAUUGCUGAACUGCAAGCCGGAGAAGGCAUCACGCCUCAAGCCGAAGCCCCAAACAGCGACGAAUCGAGUGCCCGCGCUGGUUCUGCGCAACACAACCCGGCUACAAACCAGGCCAGUGCCGCCAAUGCUGAACUAGAAGAGGAGGUCACCCAAUUGCGAGAAGAGGUCAAAGCCUUGGAACAGAAGCUCGCCGCUGCCGAAACCAAGGCCUCGACCGACGAUGGCAGCGGCCUCGACGCUUCCCUUGAUCUCUCCAGUGCUGACCCGGAGGUGCAAGCGCAACGCAUUCGCCUUCUCGAGAGCCAGAAGAAGCGCCUGAAAACUGAACUCAACGAUGCUGAGGACCGAGAAUCAGAGCUGACCAAGGAGAAGCGCAAGCUCUCGCGGCAAGUUCGCCGGCUCGAGGGUGAGGUUGCGGCUCUGGAAGAACAGCUCAAGGGCAAGGAUGAGCAGCUUCGCAAACUUCGGGAUCGCCGACGAAUGCUGUUGACAGGCACUACCACUGGUGAGUGUCGGCACAGCCUAGCAAGCGCGAUGAUCAAGACGCCGUUUAAGGCUGCAGCAAACGCAAGAAGCAGGCUCAAACGCGACAUUGUCAACAUGCUACCCACCCUGCCUGAUUCUUCCAACUCCCAACCUCGCCCCGUGAUUCCCUGCCCAAUGCUAUCUAAGUCCGAGCCCGAAGUCGUCCGACUGGGCGACCCGAGCGGCUCAGAUGGCAUCAAGGGAGAACGGAAAAGCGCAGGAGCUGACCUCGAGAGCAAGCAGGCCAAAGAGCUCUCUCUCUCUCUCUCUCUCUCUCUCUCUCUCUCUCUCUCUCUCUCUCUCUCUCUCUCUCUCUCUCUCUCUCUCUCUCUCUCUCUCUCUCUCUCUCUCACACACACACACACACCGCGUUUGACGCUGGCCCGUAGCUGGACUGCGGCACCUGGCUUCCAUGCCAACCUGUGCAGCGGGCACUUUGGCCAUCGCUGGUUUGCUCCGAGCUCCGCGUUGAUCAAUUUCGAAACGAUGGCCGAGCCAACGACACCCGACCCGCUAACGCGGCUGAACAUGACGCCACGUCGGCGCGCUCUUCCCAAACCUCCCGUGGCUCCCACCAGCAUACCCUCUGGCGCUGCUCCUGCUCCUGCCCCUGCUCCUGCCAGCAGUGCCGUCACCAACACCAGCAGCACCAUGACCUCGCCACCCCCAUCGUCUCUCAUUUCAUUCCAUUCAACCACCGAAGAGACCCCCAUUCCCCCGGCCGUGCAUGUUCAUCCCAGCAGCACGUCUCCGUCUGCGCUGCCCAACCUGCAGGAUGUUCUCAACCACGUACAGGAAUUGCAGAUUGAGGGCCAGCUCGAGGAAGCCCGCCUCGUACUGGUCGAGGAACUGGCCGAACUCCUGCCCGUGACGUUUUUCGAAGCCGAUCCCGGUCACUCUACCGGUUCCCACGAAGCCGCCUCAGAAGAGACGCCAAUGCCUGUCACCACCAUCAGCCCUGCUCUGACGGUUGCGGCGGAACUCGUCUCGGCUUCGCGAGCCGUUCGUGCUGUUCCCUUGUUGAUUGAACUCGCGGCCAUGGCCAGCGUCUUGAAUGACCAAAAUGCCUCCCUAACCAGUGCUACCCAAGCUUUGGCCCUUCUCAACGUCCAUGAGGGCGUCUUGGAUGCCGAAACGCUGACCAUUCGGGCUCUCCGUCUUGUUGCCCGUGCCCAUCUCAACCUGCGUCACCCUGAAAUUGCCCUCAAGUUUCAGUCCGAAGCCGCCGAGCUCGCCCAAGGCGUCCUCGCCCCCAGCAACCCCGUCCUUGCACUCUGCCUCUUUGAGUUUGCCUCCAUGUGCGAGCGCAUGCGCAACAUUAGUGAAAGUGUCAUCUGGUAUCGCAAAGCGCUGCAGCUGGUCCAAAAACACAACCCUGACCACGACGUGGCCCAACGCAUUGUGCUUCGCCUCAACGCCCUUGGCCGACACCGCAGGUCACGAAGCGGGACUAGCAUGGCCCGAUCACGCCGCUCCUCCCAAAUCAAUAGCGGCAUGAACGUAAGCAGUAGUAGCGCCGUGCAAGUGGGCUCCUUGCCACCUGGAUGGUCGGCCCAUCGACACCGCGAUGGCCGCGUCUUUUACGCCAACCACCAUACCAAGCAAACCACGUGGGCUGACCCGCGACUGCAAACGGAGCCCCUGCCACCCGGUUGGGAGGCGGCCUACGAUCCUCACGGUCACAAAUAUUACAUUGAUCACAACACCAAGACCACGCACCGCUCCCUGCCACCCGCCUCGGGGGCCGUCUCACCAGCCAAGUCAUCGCAAGAAGGAAACCGUCUUCGUCACAAUAAUUCCAACAGCUCCCUCAUCUCCAUGGACAGCGUCAAUUCGUUUGUAUCCUCCGUCUCAAGUCUCACGCGCAGUCUUUCCAUGGCCUCCUUCAACUCGCUGUCCUCAGCCCGGGCGCUGUUAACGGGCGGUGGCUCCACGCCCCCUGCUCCUGGCCCGCGCGAGCUGGACAGCAGCUACAACGCAGAUGCAGACCUGUCCAUUGCCGAGGAUGGUGAAGACUCCUUCAUAUCCACUGAUGACCCUGUUCAGAGUGCCAACGAGGCCUACGCCUCUGGUCCCGCAGACAAUAACGUCACUACCAUAACCCCAUUGGUGUUUCCGAUGCGGCGUGAAUCUGUCGUCGUGGAAAUGCUUGACUUGGCGGAGAAUGAAGUAGUAGCAAGGGCUGGCAAGGCCAUGAGAAAAGUCAUAAUUGAAGAUUUGGAAAAAGAGACGUGCUCAAGGAUGACAAAGGGGGCUGCCAUCUGCCUAACGAUCCAAUUCCUGAUUCUAGGUCAAUUAAAAGUCACUGAGGUUCAGAUAGAGCGCGGCAGCAAAGCUUAG